AAACGCCAUAACCUCCAAUCAGAGCCCACCACCAUCCUCUUCGUUUUGUUCUUUCUGUUUUAACAUACUUUUCGUAAUUUUUGUAAGCUUUUAGUAUUGGCAGUUUAGUCCUUUUCUCUUUUCUUUUCUUUUCUAUGUUGCUCAAACCUCAAGGAAAAGGAAGAGAGAAUAGAUCUUUUCCAGCUUUUGUCACUGAAUUCAGAGUCUUCCCAACUGGGUUUUUCUCCAUUUCAACUUUUGCUGUUUGUUUCCUACUUAUAUUUCAGUUGCUUUCUCUGCUUCUCAGCUUCUUAUAGGAAUAGCUUCUUGGAUUAGUGGUUUUUAUUGUUAAUUUUAGUUGUUUGAGUUUCAAUUUCAAUUUUUUAGGAGAUUGUUUCUGGGUCUUUUGUGUUUCUUUUUUUUUUUUAUAUAUAUUUUUUGUUUGGGUGAAAAGCAGUUCACUGUUUCAGAUCUUAGUAGAGAGGUAUUAGGGUUCUGUAUGAAUGGGGUAUUGCAGUUAAUUAUUUGUGUUUUUGAAAAAUAAAAUGUUUAUGAAAUUUAUUUUUAUUUAUUUGAAAGUUGUGUCUUUUCAAGAUUCCCUGUGGAGUAUGCCCCUAUAAAUGAAAAAGCCAUUCUGAUUCCUUGCAAAUGCUUCAUGAUUUAACACUGAUAUCUUUAUUGUGAUACCUCCAUCUCCAUUUCUCCAGUCUACAUUUCCUGUCUUAGCUUAUCUGCCUCUUGCUCUGCUUUUACCCUGUUUCAUCUCUUCAUCCCUCGACCAAAAAGCUUCAAUUUUGAAUCACAACAUAACUGGAAACAAUAGAAAAAUCUUAUCAUUUCCAAUUCAAUAGCAUGUUGCAUUAAUUUUAUUUUUCUUGUAAGUUUGCUGUCAUGAAGUGGGAAACGGAGGUAAUAUCCCCUUCACCGUAUCUUUCAACGAACAAUUGGGUUCCUGAAGAUGGCAAGACCACAAAAUGGACAGCCCAAGAGAACAAAAUGUUUGAGAAUGCUUUAGCUAUAUAUGAUAAGGAUGCUCCUGAUCGAUGGCACAAAGUUGCAGCAAUGAUCCCGGGGAAGACAGCAGUAGAUGUAAUUAAGCAGUAUAAAGAAUUGGAGGCUGAUGUGAGCAAUAUAGAGGCAGGACUGAUUCCAAUUCCAGGAUAUAAUAAUACCACUUCCUCUCCAUUCACAUUGGAUUGGGUUAACAAUCAUAAUAGCUAUGAUGGGUUCAAGCAAUCAUAUGGUAUUGGUGGAAAGAGAUCCUCUCUGAUUCGCCCUGCUGAGCAGGAAAGGAAGAAAGGAGUUCCAUGGACAGAAGAGGAGCAUAAACUGUUUCUGUUGGGAUUGAAAAAGCAUGGCAAAGGAGAUUGGAGAAACAUCUCACGUAAUUUUGUCACCAGUAGAACGCCAACCCAAGUGGCCAGUCAUGCUCAAAAGUAUUUCAUCAGACAGCUGUCUGGAGGUAAAGAUAAGAGGAGAGCUAGCAUUCAUGACAUAACAACUGUGAAUCUCAACGACACAAGAACUCCUUCCCCAGACAAUCAAAGCUCUCUUUCACCAGAUCAAUCCACAGGGCUUUCUCAGCAACCUGGUUCUGGUGGCUUGUCCAGAACACAAUUUCAGUGGCAUCAGCCAAAUCAUGGAUCAACCACAUCCUUUAGUUCAACACAAGGAAGUAUGUUAAUGACAUCCCCUUAUGGGAUGAACUCGUAUGGGCUAAAAAUGCCAGGACAGAACCUGCAAAGAAGUGCAGUGCAUGAGCCUUUCUUUGGACUUCAAAAUCUGGCUUUUCAGAUGCAAUACCCUCAUGGAUAAGAUGUGUUUUGUUUGAAGUCUCAGCGGCUCAAGCAGUAACUGUGUUUUCAUUCAACUCAUUAGUAUAGUUGUGUACUUUGUGUUUGUGCUUUUUCCUUGUUUAUGUGAAUAUGUUAUGAAGAACUUGAGUUUAGUCAUGGUAUUAUUAGAACUUGGAGGGGACAUGAUCGUGUUUUGCUUGCAAAUUGAAAGCUCUGAAAUGUGAAACAGCAAGAAGAUUCUGAAACCCUUGGAAGUUUAGUCUUUGUAUUUAAGAUUCUGCAGUCGAGUUGGAGGUCUUGAGAUUUUCUCUCUUGAUUAGUUACACCCUCAUUUAUGUGGUUAAGCAGGCAGAGAUUUGCUUAUCCAAAAUGCAUCUUCAAUCAGGUAUGGUGGAAAGUAUUGUCUUCAAAGAUUGUAGGAACUAGAAGUAAGGAUAGUUUGAAGCACAGAAUUGGGCUGCAUUCUUUUGUCCCAUUAUUUGAUGCCUCUGAGGUAAGAUUUGAAUGCAGAAAGAGAAGCAUUGCAUGGCUAUGGAAUUUGAAGUGCAUUUGAAGAAUGAAAAUAAAGGGCAUCUCCAAGAAAAGCAUCUUCAAUUAUAAGGAGAAAGCUCGGAAUGUUUCAAGGCAAAUGCCUAUCUGUUUGGUUGGUUAUGUGUAAGAAAUCUGAUAAAUUCAACAAUUUCUAUGAAUUAUGUGGUGAUAUUAACAGUGAAAUGACACCAUUUGUGCUUUCCUAUUA